ACCGCCACUCACACACGGCACCGAACGAAGCACGCACUCGUGCACGGUGAUAUCUACGUAGGAGUACGACCGAACAAUUAGUCAGAUGGCGAGCGGAGGCGGCAAGGCGACGGCGUCGUCGUGGGCGGCGGCGAUGAGCGUGGGCGCGGGCACGGUGGAGGCGCUCAAGGAGCGGCACUCCGGGCUGUGCCGCUGGAACCACCACGCGCUCCCGUGCGUCUUCCAGCAGCGCGCCGGCACCUCGGCCGCCGGGAACGGCACCUGCGGCAAGGGCAAGGCGGCGCCCACUGCCGGUGGGGCGGCGGCGAGGAGGAAGGCGAGGCAGGAGCAGGAAGAGGAGCUCCGGACGGUGAUGUACCUCAGCAACUGGGGACCCAACAACUAACUGUAGCGGAUUAGUCAUUACUUACAGACUACAAUCCUCUAGAUCUUCUUAGAUGGCUAGACUAAGACUGGUGCGCUAGCUGGCUGGAUGAUGUGAGCUCAGCAUGCACAUUCAAUCUCGAGCUAGUGUAAGACACCUUAUAUACUUCCAUGACCCGGAAGGUUUCAGAAACAGAGGUUGACAUCGCAAUGCUUAGCGGCAAUCUGCAAACUGUCGCUCUGAAUUUACAGCGUUGAGCAUACAGAUUAUCCUACAGUUCAUCGCUG